AACUAAAACAAAUGUUCAUUGUCUAAACUUAACUAGAUAUAAAUGUAUAACUUGGCGUAGACUACAAUGUUUUCCAAAAUAUUCAUAUAAUAAAAAACAAAAUUCACUGCAGGUCUUCAGUAUUUCAGUUUAAAAUAUCUGGCCCAUUUUGCUCAUAAUUUUUGAAUACAUUGCUGUUAAAUGAUGCGAUUGAGAUAAUGCCAGCGUUCAUAUUUUUUCGUUUUUAUAUUAAAGAAAACAUUUGUUAUGAUUUUCUUGAAUGUGGCUCAAGAAAAUCGAGACUUUUAUUUUGAAAUGUGAUUGGCAGAAGCGUGGUCUGGAGAGACAACCACAGCCAUUACAAACUUUUCCCUUGUAAAUAGUUUAUUCUUAUUUUUGCGAUGAUUAGAAUCGAAGUUAAAAGUAUUUGUAUAUGUGAAACGUUUACGUAGUUAACAUUAGACAAGUUUAUUUUAGGUUUAAACAUGUUUCGUCAGGCUGUUAAGAAACUAGAUUCUUUCAUGCCAGAUGCUGACAAACAACUUGUGGCAACAGCGAUGUCCACAAUUAAAUGUGUGGUAGUUGGAGAUGAAGCUGUGGGUAAAACCUGCCUUUUGGUGUCAUUUACAAACAAGUUCCCAUCAGAACCAACAGUGUUCAACACCCAAUCUGUGACUGUAAUGAUGGGUGGUGAGCCGUACACCAUUAGAUUAUUUAAUGCUGCAGGUCAAGAUCAAUUACGGCCCCUUAACUAUCCCCAAACAGACGUCUUCUUAGUUUGCUUCUCUGUAGUUUCUCUUUCCUCGUUUGAGAAUGUGAAAGAAAAGUGGGUGCCUGAGAUAACCUUUUACGCACCCAAAACCCCUUUUCUGCUGGUUGGAACUCAGAUCGACCUACGAGAUGAUCCUGUGACCGUUGCAAGGCUUGCAAAAAACAAACAAAAACCAAUCAAACCAGAGGCGGCGGAAAAAUUAGCCAGAGAGUUAAAGGCAGUGAAGUAUGUCGAAUGCUCUGCUUUAACACUGAAAGGACUGAAGAAUGUAUUUGAUGAGGCGAUAUUAGCAGCACUACAGCCUUCAGGGUCCCAGAACACAUGCAAAUGUGUCAUCACAUGAGCUGGACAAAGAUUAAAUUUCAGAAAUGUUUCUGAGUGUGAACCAACAUGAUCUUUUUAUUUUUCUACAGGCUUUCAUCUAACAGGUGCUUUGACUUUAUUGUUUAUUCUACCGUUGUUUCCUGGUCAUAUGAUGAUUUGUGUGUAGCUUCUACUCUCUGUUGUGAAACCACAGCCUUCAGGUUUCAGAAGGAUUCAGAUAUUAGAGGGAAUUAGGGGUAAGUUGCACCACUUUUUAUUUAAAUGGAAAGUAAAGAAUUACAAUUAUAUUUGUAAGUGUUUAGUGUCUAUAUUUAUUUACAUUAUUUCUGGUAUUUAUAUUUUGAAGAAAACAAAGCUGUCGAAAUGUUAAUUGGUAUUUUGAUUUGAGUCACUGUCUGGACUUGCAAUAUCUGAAAAAAUAAAUGUAUUUUAAUUAUAAAGGAGAGUUAGAGACUAAUAAUGUGAAACAUUUUUUAAAGAAUGAUUUAUAGAAGGCAUCUACUAAAAUGUAAACACUUUACACGACAGUAACUAUUGUCUGUCAUAUUAAGAACAAGAGUCUUUUGAUGAAAUUUAAGAAUCACAGUGCAGCUUUAUAAUACUCAUUAAGUGUCAUUUAAAUCUUUUUACUUUGUCCUUCAAGCCACUAGCUUUGUUAGCAAGAUUUUAGUAAGCACAAGUCUGACUUUCACAGGUUUCAUUUUGUCAUGAAUAUAUCCGUUCAGCCAACUGACAAUGAACCUUCGAAAUGUUGAUUGAGUUAACUGAAACUUGCAUUUAGUAAGUGUAUAAAACUACUUUGGAAAUAAAACAUUUGAUACAGACACCAUAAGGAUCUUGUGUUGAACUCACAGGUUUUAUACAUUGCCUGUUAACCAGCAAAGCAUAACACAAGCAGGUUAAGUAUAGCUUGGCUUUUAUUGUUGAAUGCAACAUCACUUACUCAGUAACUUUGAGACAUUUAUUGCACUUCAAUAUAUAUUUCACUGCAAAAAGAAAAUUUACUAACUGUUUAUUUGCUUCUGUACAGUAUGUCCCUUCCAGUUUCUUUAUUCUGUUUAACACAAAAGGUAUCCGGAAGAAAGCUAAAAACCCAGUUCAAAAUUCCAAAAAACCAAACACUAUCAAAAGUCAAUGGUUACAGGCUUCCAAAAUAUCUUCUUUUUGUGUUCUUCAUUUAAACAGGUUUUAAACAAGUGAAUGGUGAGUAAAUGAUGACAGAAUUUCCUAACUAUUUAAAAAAUAUAUUAUAUGUCAUGUGUUUAUUUAUAUGUCAGAUGUGUCAUAUGUUUAUAAUGGCAAAAUAUCUGAAUACGUAUAAAACUUUUUAAGCUUUA